AUGCUGUAUAAUGAAGACUUCAAAGAUAUGCAAGUAGAGUUACCUCUCACUAUUGAAACUAUCAUGAAAAAACUCGGCCAGAUAUCAUCCAGAAAGUGGAAAAAGUAUGGUUUCCAACGUAAAUCAUCAUUUAUCGAUAUUCCGGUCUACGAACAAGUUGAUUAUGGAUUCUCUAUCUGUAAAAGUUCAUUCAUGCAAUAUGUAAAGGUAUGGGCCAUCACUGCAAAUCAAAAACAGAUUUACAUGACAUUAAAAACCCUUGAAAAAGUUUACAAGAUUUACACUUCUGAACAUAUUGAUCUAUUGGACAAUGAGUGGCUAUUAGAAGUUCAUAAAAUGUUUGUUACAAAUAAAUUUAUUCCUAUAUCAAAGGAUUUAUUCAAGUCGCUCAUUUUGAGUGGCUUUGAUUUCACUUUUCAAGUAUCUAAGACUGAGUACGAUAUAAUUAAGCAUCCUAAGUCGACUGUCAUUUUUGGACGAUCUGGGACCGGCAAGACUACAUGUAUCAUACUUAGACAGCUCAUUUCAUAUCUGGAAAGCCAACUUUACAAGACACCAUCUUCGCAUGGAAUUGACGAGUAUUUUUACAAAAGACAAAUAUUUAUUACAUUAAACCCCAUUCUAUGCAUGCGAAAAAAGGAAUACGGAAGUAAUAAAGCGCUUGAUAACAAUAACAUGCAUGAAGAAGGCGAUGAGGUUAAAACCCUGGGUGAAAUUCCAAACACGUUCCGUCUGCUGACGGACCAUCAUUUCCCAUUAUUUAUUACUCACGAAAAGUUUUUUGAAAUGCUCCGGGGGACCUACGGCAUUGACACUCGAAAGCUGACCACAGGACAACAACAAGAACACGAUGAAGAUAAUGAUAAUAAUGGUGAGGAGGAGGUGACUCACUAUAGGUCUCCCUUUACAAACUUGUCAAAAGCUUCGUGGGCUACCUUUGUUAAUUAUGAUCUGUUCGAAAAAAAGUACUGGCCUCAUUUCGGUUAUAAUUACAGAAAUAAGUUGGAUUGCGAGCUGGUCUAUUUAGAGUUCUCCGUUAUCAAAGGCACGAAUAUUGAGGUGGAUUGUCUAUCAAGAGAAGAAUACCGGUCUAUUAGUAGCAGGAAAUACCCAGCAUAUACUCACAAUCGUGAUGAGAUUUAUGAUUUAUUUGAGCGAUAUGAGAAGUAUAAAGCGCGAAAUUAUGACUUUGAUUCAGCGGACAGAACUAAAUUCAUAUUACGUGCAACCAAAACAAGAACAUUUGCUGGGCCGCAUAUACAUGAAGUGUAUAUUGACAAAUGUCAAGAUAACCAUAUCAUAGAUUACAUGCUUAUUUUGAAACUUUUUGACCGCGCCGACAGCUUUUUCAUGGCAGGUGAUGUGGCGCAAUGUAUAGCCCGAGGGUCUACUUUUCGAUUCGAGGAUUUAUACUCAUUAAUUCACCAAUGGGAACACAAACGAGUCUUGACCGAAAACAAUCGAUAUAGUUCCUUUAAACCAAAAAAGUUCGAACUAAACAUUAAUUACCAUUCCCAUAGAGGGAUUCUUCGACUAGCAUCCUCAGUAAUUUACCUCCUUCAGAAAUUUUUUCCUAAUUCAAUUGACAGGCUAUCACCUGAACUCAGUGAGAUUAGUGGUCCAAAACUUAUUAUCUUUGAGAGUUGUCAGGCAAAAAAUCUGUUUGCCUAUAGAAAUGAUAUCGAAAAAGAAGAUGCAUUUAUUAAAUUUGGAGCUGAUCAGGUCAUUAUCGUACGUAAUGAAAAGGCUAAACGGCGUGUGAAGAAUCUAAACUGCGAUAUUGGAUUAGUUUUAACUGUAUUCGAGGCCAAAGGGAUGGAGUUUAAUGAUGUGUUAUUAUAUGAUUUCUUUACUGAUUCGCCCGCACAUUUACAUUGGCGAGUAAUUCUCUCAGACUUGGAAGGCUAUUCUGGUGGGAUCCGCAUAUUCUAUCCCGAUAAGCAUUAUAUCCUUUCCUCGGAGCUUAAACAUCUUUAUGUGGCCAUAACCAGAGCUAGAGAACAUCUCUAG